UGGGAACCAAAUAAUCAUCACACGCUUGACGUCUACUUCUAUUCUAAAAUGUCCCAAAUAUCCAACCAAGAGUCAGGGUGUGCCAACUUCUACGCUACUGCUACGACUGAUUAAGGACCAAACGUGAAUUUUGGCUACGAACGUCUGGAACUCCAUGUACUGAAGCUUGAUGGACUGUGACAAGUUGCAUAUUGACCUGUAAAAUAAAUUACACGGUAGCUUUUAACCCAAAAUAUCUUAUGAGUAUGUGGAAAUCAAACACUUCAAGAAACAUGUUGAGGUCCCAAUACCAUGAGUCAAACUCACAAGAGAAUAUAAAGACCAAGGAGAGCAUGAUAAAGAUUUCCAAAAAUUCUGGCAUUCCCAGUGAAGUUAACCAAGGUUCAAAUGUUUGUGUUCUAUGAGACAAGUAUGAUUGUCCUCAAAGGCAGAAAAAUCUCGAAAUACUAUAAUAUUUUUGCAGCUAUGGAUGAUUUAUUAAAAAAGAUUGUGCGUGUUUUAAUGCGGGCUUAAAGAAGCGGCUCAAAGCAGGGUGAAAAAGCGGUUAAUCACUGAGCUCGAGGAAUUUAAGGCGUAUAGCGGGAAUGUCAAUGAUAGCGAGAAGAUGCGGGCGGUACUUAACUUUGUACUCUUGAUACUAAUAUUAAUGGUUGCACUUAGUGGUUACCGCUCAUGCGCAACCGCCAGUGAAAACUUCUAAGCGCAUAAUGCGCGAGAAAACUAAAUGAAAGGAAAGAAAAGAAAUUAAUUGAACAAAUUAUGAAUCUCAACAAC